GUAGCGUUCUUUCUGUGCGAGUGAGGGAAGCAUUUAUUCCCAUAAUAUACUCUACCAUAUACAAUGGAAAUUUAUUAAAUUUUGGUUAUAACUUGACCCUGUCCUGGGCCUUAGAGGAGAUGUAAUCAGCAUAACUCCACACAGGGUCCCAUCUCUGAAGGACAGAGCAUGGCAGUUGCCACCGCUGCUGGGAGAUGGAGUGGCAGGUGGGAGCACAGGGAGCAUGCUGCGCACGUGGUGAGUGGCUGGAGGCAAACAGAGAUGUGACUGCUUGGAGGGAGCUUGUGUUUUUAAGCAGGGAAACUUCUGUCGCUUUAUUUCUGUACUAUUCAGAUUAAGCUUGCGCAUUUGUCGUACGAUGUGAACUACGAAAUGGGCUCUGUCUGGGAAGGAUGACUGAUCUCACUGCACACACAUCUCACCAAGCACAUCGUGCAGUUCCUCUGACAGAGGCUCUCAUGUGCUGUCGGCCGCCUGUGUGUCUUACUGUGUGUCUGGCAUGCUUGGAAUUCCCAGCUCCUUCAUUCACCACAAAAAGCUUUCACCCCUAAAUGGAAAUUUCCAGCCUUCCUUUUGGUGGGUAAAGGCUGUGAAGCACAAACGGACCCAAAUGGAAAUAAAUCCAUAGAUGCUCUCUGGUUUCCAAAAUAUUGUCUGUCAGGAUAUGUUUUUCUCUCUUGGAUCACACGUCAGCCCUCGCCGCUGCUGCUGCUCCCGGGCCCAGGCUGACGGCCUGGCCGUUCGCUCAAGGCGGCCCCACCUGGCCGCGGCACUCUGGGAUGGCGAGGUGGACGCGGCUCCUUUCCGUCGGCCGUUCACGCCACAGCGCUCCCGCCUGCGCUGAGCAGCUGCGUCCAGCAGGGGGAGCCGCCGUACGCUCGCGCUGGGGCCGGCACGCAUGCGCGCUCACUCAUCCCGGGACACUUCUCCCGCCCCGCCCGCUACGCGCCUGCGCCAUCGGCAGCGGAAGCGCUGGGGCGGCCGUGGUUGCCUUGGUGCGCGGGCGCUUGCGUAGGCAGGGGAAGCUCAGAGGAGUGGAACAGGAAAUGGGGGCGGGCCGGGACGCCGGACUUGGCGCGCGUGGGGCUCUUCCCCCCCCGCCUCGCAGCUCUGGGCAUGCGCAGGGGCGGCCGCGCGCGGCGCGUCCUAACGGCCGCCGAGCGGCGGUGAUGCUGUGGGGCUGAGGAGCGGGCGGCGGAGGGCAGCGCGCCUGCGCGCCGGGUGGCCGCCGCCUCCGCAGCCCGGGCGAGACCGGAUCCUCCGCCUCCGCUUCUCAGGCCCACUCGCCGCCCGCGCUCGGGACGCUGAGGCAGAUGAGGACGCGGCCGUUGGAGUCCCACAAGCGCAGCCACUGAUCACGAGAUGUUACCACAGAAGCUACCUCAGACUUCGCUUUUGCCGAUUUGUUUCCUGCAUCGUUAUCAAGCUCAACAGGAGUUCUGCAGACACUCUUGAAAAGUCUCUGAACAGAUUGUGACAUCGUCAAAGAAUGAUGACCUAAUGUAGGUCAAAGUCUGGAGCGUCGAUCCAGCAGUCCAAGAUAACGCUGCCUUUUUUUUUUAAUCGGUAUCACUUCUGAAGCGACUUCAGAAACGUUCAGCUGACCUUUAUCUGGCAAAAAGAUCUUGGCUUUUCACUCUGGUCCUGGAAAUAUUAAUGGAAUACAGUCAUGUCUACCCAGGACGAGAGGCAGAUAAAUAGCGAAUAUGCUGUAUCCUUGCUGGAGCAGUUAAAAUUCUUUUAUGAACAGCAGUUGCUAACUGACAUAGUAUUGAUUGUCGAGGGUACGGAAUUUCCCUGCCAUAAGAUGGUUCUUGCAACAUGCAGCUCAUACUUCAGAGCUAUGUUCAUGAGCGGGCUCAGUGAAAGCAAACAAACACACGUGCACCUGAGGAAUGUGGAUGCAGCCACUUUACAAAUUAUAAUAACUUACGCAUACACGGGUAACUUGGCAAUAAGUGACAGCACAGUAGAACAGCUUUAUGAAACUGCCUGCUUCUUACAGGUAGAUGAUGUGUUACAGCGGUGUAGAGAAUACUUAAUCAAAAAAAUUAAUGCAGAAAAUUGUGUGCGUCUGUUAAGUUUUGCCGAUCUCUUCAGCUGUGAAGAGUUAAAACAGAGUGCUAAAAGAAUGGUGGAGCACAAGUUCACAGCUGUGUACCACCAGGAGGCUUUCAUGCAACUGUCACAUGAUCUACUGAUCGAUAUUUUAAGCAGUGACAAUUUAAAUGUGGAAAAGGAGGAGACAGUUCGUGAAGCUGCUAUGCUGUGGCUGGAGUACAACACAGAAUCGCGGUCGCAGUAUUUGUCCUCUGUUCUUAGCCAAAUCCGAAUCGAUGCACUUUCAGAAGUAACGCAGAGAGCCUGGUUUCAAGGCUUACCACCCAAUGAUAAAUCCGUGGUGGUACAAGGACUGUACAAAUCUAUGCCCAAGUUUUUCAAGCCCAGACUUGGUAUGACAAAAGAGGAGAUGAUGAUAUUCAUUGAAGCUGCUGCUGAAAACCCUGGUAGUCUUUAUUCUUCUGUCUGUUACAGCCCACAGGCAGAGAAAGUUUACAAGCUCUGCAAUCCUCCUGCUGACUUGCAUAAGGUUGGAACACUUGUAACUCCUGAUAAUGAUAUCUAUAUAGCAGGGGGCCAAGUUCCUCUGAAAAAUGCAAAAACCAAUCACAGUAAAAGCAGCAAGCUCCAGGCCGCCUUCAGAACUGUAAAUUGCUUUUACUGGUUUGAUGCACAGCAAAACACUUGGUUUCCAAAGACACCGAUGCUCUUUGUUCGUAUAAAGCCAUCCCUGGUCUGCUGUGAAGGAUACAUCUAUGCAAUCGGAGGCGACAGUGUCGGUGGAGAGCUCAACAGGAGAACUGUCGAAAGAUACGACACUGAAAAAGAUGAGUGGACCAUGGUAAGCCCGUUGCCUUGCGCGUGGCAAUGGAGCACAGCAGUAGCAGUUCAAAACUGCAUUUACGUAAUGGCACACAACUUGAUGUACUGUUACUUUCCCAGGUCAGAUGCUUGGGUAGAAAUGGCUAUGCGACAAACCAGUCGAUGUUUUGCUUCAGCUGCCGCUUUUGGUGAUAAAAUAUUCUAUAUUGGAGGACUACAUAUUGCCAGCAAUUCUGGUAUAAGACUCCCAAGUAGUACUGUAGAUGGGUCUUCUGUAACUGUGGAAAUCUACGAUGUGAAUAAAAACGAAUGGAGGAUGGCAGCUAACAUCCCUGCCAAGCGCUAUUCUGACCCUUGCGUUAGAGCUGUUGUCAUCUCUAACUCUUUAUGUGUCUUCAUACGAGAAACCCACAUGAAUGAGAGAGCAAGGUAUGCCACCUAUCAAUAUGACCUGGAACUCGAUCGCUGGUUUCUAAGACAGCAUAUAUCGGAACGUGUGUUGUGGGACUUGGGGAAAGACUUUCGGUGCACUGUAGGAAAGCUGUAUCCAUCUUGCCUUGAAGAGUCCCCGUGGAAACCUCCAACGUAUCUCUUUUCACCAGAUGGAGCGGAUGAAUUUGAGCUGGAUGGGGAGAUGGUUACUUUACCACCUGUAUAGCUCCCCAGGUAGACUGCAGAGCUGAUUCGGUGCACAGUUACCUUGAAAUAAAUGAUUGUGAGAGGUCUGGAAAGAAAAAUGUCACAUCUGUCCUUCAUGAGUCGUAUUUUUAUGCCCUACCUAAUACUUGCAGCAAUUCAGUAUGAAUCGAUGAAAUGAGCAGGUAUGCUUCCAUAAUCUGAAAUGCUAUUAUCUGAUAAUUGAGAAACAUAUAUGUAUAUCAUGAUCUUAAGCAUCUGACUUGUCUGAAGAAUUAAUUUCUAGUUCUAUAAAGUCUUGUUUCAGGAAAACUAGGAAAAAAGUAGUUACCGUUUCUAGGAUGAUGUCACAAGUGUUCUGAAAGUAUCUUCCAGUUAUAUUUGAACUACUUCUGGAUAUUCUAAUUAAGUGCUAAUUACAUAAUAGUGUGGCCUAAUUAAGGGACUGUGCUGCACUUAAUACUAGUAUCCAUGUUGGUAUAGCAACGCCAUUUAAAAACAAAACAAAAAAAAACAAAUCCCAUGGAUCUACCUGUGGUAGGAAGGGUAGAUCUUCCAUUGUAUUGUAACGCGCAGGGCAAGAUGACUGCAGGUUCAGUCAAGCUGUACUAUUAGGUGCAUGUACUCUAUUUUCACAAACUUAUACCUGUCUAUUUAGAAUACAGGUCUUCCAAGCAGCUGGUAGUUUACCAGGUGUGGACUUAAGUUGCUGGGCUUGCAAUAGGAAUUGUCAGCCCUCAUAGUGCGGGUCUUUGUGGAGCUUUAAUCAGUGAAUGCCUCCACAUUCUGUAUUACAGUAACAUUGGCUCAUGUAUAUUACUUCCUGCUGCUGAUGUAUUUUUCCAUUGUAAAACAAAGUUCUAGUGUGGAUUAACCAGGUCUUUUAUUUUCUGUUAAUUUAAUAACAAGCAUUACUGUAGUGUGAUUGUGUAUAGAUAUCCCUUAGCUAUCAGGUUUUUUACUUUGGGGGGAGGGAGGGGAGCAACCAGUUCAGGAAUAUCCUGUACGCUGCGUGCAGGAGAGCAGAUGACUAGUGCUGCUCUGGCAUUAAUCCCAGGAACCACUAGCAGUAGCGGGGCACCGCCAGCCUAACAUGAACACAGGUGCUUCAUGACAAACCUUACUAGCAUGUUCAGUUGCAUCAUGUUCUGGCACUGUAUUUUGAAUGACGUUAAUUUAUUAAAAAAGACUGAAUCCAACUGAGUUCGGGUGUGCUUUCUGCUUGAAGUUGACACAGUUAUGCCCUCUCCCCCACCCUCAAACAGGAUCUCUUAAUUUAUUGAAAGCAAUUUCAAAUAGUUAAGCUAUGGAAAACUUGGAGCCAUCACUAUUGACUUGCAUACCUAAUUUCCAGCACAGUCAACCUGAGCAUCACUAAGACUUCUGUAAAAUGACGCAUCUCCAGUCAUGGUAUUUUGUGGAAUGUGAGGAUUUACAGGACAUAAAGUAAUGAGGGCUAGUGAAGAGAAAGAGACAAACUAUUAAUUUUUAGGAAAGUGACAAAUAACAUGUUGGCGUUUACCAUUUCAUCGGCUUUUUUGCUGCCUGAAUUGCUUAGGUAAGGAGGGAGAAGUGACUUGUGAUCCUGCUGAUGAUGGUUUCCUGCAACCUGGGGCACCUGUUACGAGUUUGUCCACGGGUGCAUAAAGUAGAAGAACAGUGUUGCUACUUUGUAACGUGGCAAAAACAUUGGUGGUAUCUUGCUAACUGCAGAGUGACUGGCCUACUUAAUUCUGUGGAUUAUUCUCACGGUAGCCUGCUUCAUCAAGCAGCACUACGACAGUCUUAGGCUUUAGGACCUGCUUUAAUUUCAAGUGUAGAUGAUCUACAGUUAGUGAAGGAACGCAGUGGCUGUGUUCUGUUAAGUGGGAACUUUCAAUUCAAGUUUAAGAUCUCAUGCAUGAUUUCUUGCCCCCAAAAAGUGAGGCAAACUCCAGCAGUGCACUGAAUUGUACUCACAGUUCCUUCACAGGACAUGAAAGAACUGUCCUCAAUUUUAUCCAGCUAAAAACAUCUUUUGAAAUGCAAAAGGACUACGUGACUUCCUGCUAGUCUGUAUCUUAUAAUCCUUAGAACAGUUGGGUGGUGUAAGUCCGUGUGGUACCUUACUUAAAAUUAAUAAUGCAGUACUUCUGGACAAGACUAGCCAAGUGUCAAACAGUUCUCUAGUGACUUGGUCAGACAUACUUACUAUUGGUUCACUUACAGCGCUCGUUGCUGCAGUCAGUAUUUGACCCCAAGGGAAAACAGCUGCCAAAGGGGAAUCCCUGGUCUGAAUUGUUUCUUUUCAUUACUUGAGAAGGAAACUGCAGGCAAAGCACUGUCAUGUGGCUGGAAAUGGUCACCAGUGGUAGAAUUAGAGAGACUUCAGUGGGAACAAAGACAUCAGCUGAAAAGAUGCACUUCUCAUUUUAUAAAUAGAGAAAAGAUGAUAAAAGCUUUCAAAGAGUUCUAAAACAGUAUCUCACUACAAAGCUUCCGCCUAAUGCUAGCCUAUUCAACCUGUACUUGACUUUGAAGUACAUUUACAUACAAGUUUUAAUGACUCAACUUCUUAUGUCCUCAAGCUUUACUAUAUUUGCAAAAAGUCUGCUUUUUUUUUUCUGAUAGAAAUACCUUUAAGUCCUAUGUAAUUUCAAUUCCCUGUACCUGAAAUAAUAAAAGAACACUCUACCAACA